AUGUUUCUUCCUCUUUUCGUCCUAUGGGCCAAUUUGGCCCCCGUUCUCUCCGCCAUAAGCCCCAUUUCCAUCCACGGCCGCUACUUCAUCGACCUGGUCUCCCAGGAACCCUUCUUCAUCAAGGGUGUAGACUACCAACCCGGUGGUUCGUCAGCUACCGACCAACACAGCGAUCCCCUCUCUGAUCCCGAUGUGUGUGCCCGUGACAUUGCCUUAUUCCAGCAGCUCGGCAUCAACACCAUCAGAGUGUACUCUGUGGAUCCAGACCUCAACCACGAUGUUUGCAUGACCCUUCUUGCCCAGGCUGGCAUGUACCUUGUUCUAGACGUCAAUCUGCCUCAGCAGUUCCGCCACCUUAACAGGUACGAGCCUUGGUCAACGUACAACACGGAGUACUUGAACAAUGUGUUCAAGGUGGUGGAGCAGUUUGGCGGGUACAACAACACGCUAGGCUUUUUCGCCGGCAACGAGAUCGUCAAUGACCGUGUUUCCGCCAGAACCUCGCCCCGUUACGUCAAGGCGGUGGUUCGUGAUAUCAAGCAGUAUAUUGAUGCCAACUUGGACCGGAAAAUCCCCGUGGGCUACUCGGCCGCCGACGACUUGGACUACAGAAUAUCCAUGUCGCUGUACCUCGAGUGUGUGGACGAGACUCCGUACGAUUCUGCCGAUUUUUACGGCGUCAACUCGUACCAGUGGUGUGGAGAACAGACCUUCUAUUCCAGCCGCUACGACAAGUUGGUGGAGGACUACGCAGAGUACACACGGCCUGUUUUCCUCUCGGAGUACGGCUGCAACGAAAUCACGCCCCGCAAGUUUUCCGAGGUCCAGGCCAUCUACUCCAACGACAUGGUGGGUGUUUUCAGCGGAGGACUCGUUUACGAGUUCACGCAGGAGCCCAACAACUAUGGACUCGUGGAGGUCUUGUCCAACGGCGACGUGCAGCUUUUGGACGACUUCAUUGCGCUCAAGUACCAGUUUGAGCAUCUUCCCGAGCCUACUUACGGCGUCAUGACUCGGUAUCUUUUGGCAAACGAGAUGCAGUUGAGGAACAGCAAAAAACAGCAGCAGCUGGCUCAGCCGUUGUGCAAAGGCGAAUUCUCCAAUUUGGCAGUAGAGGAGGGAAUGCCGCUGAAUCCUGCUGUGGAGCUUUUGGGUGGCAUCGCUGCUCAACGAGGGAAGUACGUCAAGCUCGAUGAGUCCCAGUUGCGUUCCUCCAAGAAGGUAUAUGGACCUUCAGGAAAAGUGUACUUGGCGACACCAACGGUGCAGAUUGUGGAGGAUACCACUCUGGCGCCAGACUCGGGAAGAAGGAGAAUUCCCCUGACUCCAAACCACGGUAUGUUGCACAUUGGUCUGAUUCGCCAAAGAAUCGCCAUGCUUCUCCGAAAAGGCUUUCAUCGAGUCCACUACUAA